AUGCUGCCGGUGCGCCCAGCCGUGCCCGGAAACAGCCCGUGGGCCGAGCCGGGCCAGCGCACCUGGCGACACGCGGAUCUGCCAAUGCACCAGGCCCUGGCGACACCCAGCCGUGCCCUGUGCCAUGCACCCAACCAUGGCGACACCCAGCCGUGCCCGUGCACCAAAGUGGGCCGUGCACCCAACCAUGGCGACACCCAGCUGUGCCCGUGCGCCAAAGUGUGCCGUGCACCCAACCAUGGCAACACCCAGCCGUGCCCGUGCGCCAAAGUGUGCCAUGCACCCAACCAUGGCAACACCCAGCUGUGCCCGUGCGCCAAAGUGUGCCAUGCACCAGGCCCUGGCGACACCCAGCCGUGCCCGUGCGCCAAAGUGUGCCGUGCACCCAACCAUGGCAACACCCAGCCGUGCCCGUGCGCCAAAGUGUGCCAUGCACCAGGCCCUGGCGACACCCAGCCGUGCCCGUGCGCCAAAGUGUGCCAUGCACCCAACCAUGGCAACACCCAGCCGUGCCCGUGCGCCAAAGUGUGCCAUGCACCCAACCAUGGCAACACCCAGCUGUGCCCGUGCGCCAAAGUGUGCCGUGCACCCAACCAUGGCGACACCCAGCCGUGCCCGUGCGCCAAAGUGUGCCAUGCACCCAACCAUGGCGACACCCAGCUGUGCCCGUGCGCCAAAGUGUGCCAUGCACCCAACCAUGGCGACACCCAGCCGUGCCCGUGCGCCAAAGUGGGCCGUGCACCCAACCAUGGCGACACCCAGCUGUGCCCGUGCGCCAAAGUGUGCCGUGCACCCAACCAUGGCAACACCCAGCUGUGCCCGUGCGCCAAAGUGUGCCAUGCACCCAACCAUGGCAACACCCAGCUGUGCCCGUGCGCCAAAGUGUGCCAUGCACCAGGCCCUGGCGACACCCAGCCGUGCCCGUGCGCCAAAGUGUGCCGUGCACCCAACCAUGGCAACACCCAGCCGUGCCCGUGCGCCAAAGUGUGCCAUGCACCCAACCAUGGCAACACCCAGCUGUGCCCGUGCGCCAAAGUGUGCCAUGCACCCAACCAUGGCGACACCCAGCCGUGCCCGUGCGCCAAAGUGGGCCGUGCACCCAACCAUGGCAACACCCAGCUGUGCCCGUGCGCCAAAGUGUGCCGUGCACCCAACCAUGGCAACACCCAGCUGUGCCCGUGCGCCAAAGUGUGCCAUGCACCCAACCAUGGCAACACCCAGCUGUGCCCGUGCGCCAAAGUGUGCCAUGCACCAGGCCCUGGCGACACCCAGCCGUGCCCGUGCGCCAAAGUGUGCCAUGCACCAGGCCCUGGCAACACCCAGCCGUGCCCGUGCGCCAAAGUGUGCCAUGCACCCAACCAUGGCAACACCCAGCUGUGCCCGUGCGCCAAAGUGUGCCAUGCACCCAACCAUGGCAACAUCCAGCUGUGCCCGUGCGCCAAAGUGUGCCAUGCACCAGGCCCUGGCAACACCCAGCUGUGCCCGUGCGCCAAAGUGUGCCAUGCACCCAACCAUGGCAACACCCAGCCGUGCCGUGCACCAAAGUGUGCCAUGCACCAGGCCCUGGCAACACCCAGCAAUGCCCGUGCGCCAAAGUGUGCUGUGCACCCAAUCAUGGCAACACCCAGCCGUGCCCGUGCGCCAAAGUGUGCCGUGCACCCAACCAUGGCAACACCCAGCCAUGCCAGUGCGCCAAAGUGUGCCAUGCACCAGGCCCUGGCAACACCCAGCCGUGCCCGUGCGCCAAAGUGUGCCGUGCACCCAACCAUGGCAACACCCAGCUGUGCCCGUGCGCCAAAGUGUGCCAUGCACCCAACCAUGGUGACACCCAGCCGUGCCCGUGCGCCAAAGUGUGCCAUGCACCAGGCCCUGGCGACACCCAGCCGUGCCCGUGCGCCAAAGUGUGCCAUGCACCCAACCAUGGCAAAACCCAGCUGUGCCCGUGCGCCAAAGUAUGCCAUGCACCCAACCAUGGCAACACCCAGCUGUGCCCGUGCGCCAAAGUGUGCCAUGCACCAGGCCCUGGCAACACCCAGCCAUGCCCGUGCGCCAAAGUGUGCCAUGCACCAGGCCCUGGUGACACCCAGCCGUGCUCGUGCGCCAAAGUGUGCCAUGCACCAGGCCCUGGCGACACCCAGCCGUGCCCGUGCGCCAAAGUGUGCCAUGCACCCAACCAUGGCAACACCCAGCUGUGCCCGUGCGCCAAAGUGUGCCAUGCACCCAACCAUGGCAACACCCAGCUGUGCCCGUGCGCCAAAGUGUGCCAUGCACCAGGCCCUGGCAACACCCAGCUGUGCCCGUGCGCCAAAGUGUGCCAUGCACCCAACCAUGGCAACACCCAGCCGUGCCCGUGCACCAAAGUGUGCCAUGCACCAGGCCCUGGCAACACCCAGCAAUGCCCGUGCGCCAAAGUGUGCUGUGCACCCAACCAUGGCAACACCCAGCCGUGCCCGUGCGCCAAAGUGUGCCAUGCACCAGGCCCUGGCGACACCCAGCCGUGCCCGUGCGCCAAAGUGUGCCGUGCACCCAACCAUGGCAACACCCAGCUGUGCCCGUGCGCCAAAGUGUGCCAUGCACCCAACCAUGGCAACACCCAGCUGUGCCCGUGUGCCUAAGUGUGCCAUGCACCCAACCAUGGCAACACCCAGCUGUGCCCGUGCGCCAAAGUGUGCCAUGCACCAGGCCCUGGCAACACCCAGCCGUGCCCGUGCGCCAAAGUGUGCCAUGCACCAGGCCCUGGCGACACCCAGCCGUGCCCGUGCGCCAAAGUGUGCCAUGCACCAGGCCCUGGCAACACCCAGCCGUGCCCGUGCGCCAAAGUGUGCCAUGCACCCAACCAUGGCAACACCCAGCUGUGCCCGUGCGCCAAAGUGUGCCAUGCACCCAACCAUGGCAACACCCAGCUGUGCCCGUGCGCCAAAGUGUGCCAUGCACCAGGCCCUGGCAACACCCAGCUGUGCCCGUGCGCCAAAGUGUGCCAUGCACCCAACCAUGGCAACACCCAGCCGUGCCCGUGCACCAAAGUGUGCCAUGCACCAGGCCCUGGCAAGACCCAGCCAUGCCCGUGCGCCAAAGUGUGCUGUGCACCCAACCAUGACACCCAGCCGUGCCCGUGCGCCAAAGUGUGCCAUGCACCCAACCAUGGCAACACCCAGCCAUGCCAGUGCACCAAAGUGUGCCAUGCACCAGGCCCUGGCAACACCCAGCCGUGCCCGUGCGCCAAAGUGUGCCGUGCACCCAACCAUGGCAACACCCAGCCAUGCCAGUGCACCAAAGUGUGCCAUGCACCAGGCCAUGGCAACACCAUAA